GUGAGCAGGAGGGUCAAAGGCAAAGGGAAAGUUAAUAAUGCCUGCUAAUGGUACUAACAAUUCAGGAUGAAUCUUGUCAAAAGUUUUUAUGGAAGUGUGGUCUUUGAUUGUGUGUUUCCUGAAAGCAAGACCAAUCAUUUCCGUUUAUUCACUGGCUAAACCCCUACUUGAUUGGGGACAAGGACAGAAACCAUCCAUUACGAUCUGAUAUAUUAUCCAAACAAUUUAGUGUAUUCAUGAGGUAACCGAAACGUGGGGGCUGCGAAAUUACCCGUAAUCAAUUGCAACAGCGAGUGUGCGUCCCCCCGGGUGUCGGACAACUACAACUCGCGUCUCAGUAACAGGCGGGAGCCGCAGCAUUUUGGAGUUGCGCUGCUCGCUACCUGAUCGCCUGGCUGGGGACACUGGACGUGCUCAGAGGACGCGGGCGCUGACGAGGUGGCCUCGCCGCUGCUCCACCGGGAUCCUGGACCAGACCCUCUGCCUCUCCGCGAGCGCGCCACUCGCCGGUCGCCUGUGACCCGCCCGCGGCCGCCGCAGCCUCCCCGCGGGGACAUUCAUUCUUGCCGCCUGCCUCUCUUCGGGCUGGGCGGCAGAGGCUGCAUUGUAGGGGGGUUUCCCCCCUCUGCCUCUUUUCCCCCCUCUUUUUUCCCCUCUCUUUUUUCUUUUUCUUUUUUUCUUUCUUCUUCUUUUUUUUUUUUUUGUUGUUGUUGCUCUUGCCUAUCCUAUGUUCGGGAAACCAGACAAAAUGGACGUUCGGUGCCACUCGGACGCAGAGGCUGCCCGGGUGUCGAAGAACGCCCACAGGGAGAGCCGGGACGGCAAGGGCGCGGAGGGGAGCCUCCCCGCUGCCUUCCUGAAGGAGCCGCAGGGCGCCUUUUCGGCGUCAGGCCCUGUGGAAGACUGUAACAAAAGUAAAUCAAAUUCCGCCGCCGACCCGGAUUACUGCCGCCGGAUCCUGGUCCGAGAUGCCAAGGGGUCCAUCAGAGAGAUCAUCCUGCCCAAGGGCCUGGACCUGGAUCGGCCCAAGAGGACACGCACGUCCUUCACCGCGGAGCAGCUCUACCGGUUGGAGAUGGAGUUCCAGCGCUGCCAAUACGUGGUAGGCCGCGAGAGGACCGAGCUCGCCCGACAGCUCAACCUCUCCGAGACCCAGGUGAAGGUCUGGUUCCAGAAUCGGCGCACAAAGCAGAAGAAGGACCAGGGCAAGGACUCGGAGCUGCGCUCGGUGGUUUCGGAGACCGCGGCCACGUGCAGCGUGCUGCGGCUGCUGGAGCAGGGCCGCCUACUGUCGCCGCCUGGCCUGCCCGCGCUGCUGCCGCCUUGUGCCACCAGCGCUCUCGGCUCAGCGCUGCGCGGGCCCAGCUUGCCGGCCCUGGGCGCUGGCGCCGCCGCAGGCUCAGCAGCGGCAGCCGCUGCCGCUGCCCCAGGUCCCGCCGGCGCCGCGUCCCCGCACCCGCCGCCCGUGGGUGGCGCCCCGGGUGCCGGGCCGGCUGGGCCAGGGGGACUGCAUGCAGGCGCGCCGGCGGCCGGCCACGGCCUCUUCAGCCUGCCGGUGCCCUCACUGCUUGGCUCGGUCGCAAGUCGCCUAUCCUCCGCCCCUUUGACAAUGGCCGGUUCGUUGGCCGGGAAUUUGCAAGAACUCUCCGCGCGAUACCUGAGCUCCUCGGCCUUCGAGCCUUACACCAGGACCAACAAUAAAGAAGGGGCCGAGAAAAAAGCGCUGGACUGAUUUUAAGUAUUUCCCUGUAUUUAUAUUUAUA